AUGACCUUCGAUGCGCUCUCUUCCAAAGAGGUGACCGAGGCCGUCUCAAGAACAGGGGCACAUAAAGGGAAUAUGCGGCUGGACAAGGUAUUUUUUAGUGCAGUAUCAGCUGGUUGUUUACUUGCAUUCGCUUGCGGGACUACUCUUAGUACCACUGCCACACCCUGGUUUCAAGACAAUGCCCAGGGUUUGAUCCGAACUAUCAGCGCCUUGGUGUUUCCUUACGGUCUGUGUAUGAUCCUCCUAACAAAUGCGGACCUUUGCACUGGAUCUUUUAUGUUUACUACAUUGGCAGUGCUCCAUCAGCGCUUGCCUUGGUCAAAAAUGCUCAUUCACUGGGCUGUGACAUUCAUUGGCAACUUCGCCGGAUCUUUAUUCGUCGUGGCUAUCAUCUUCGGCUAUGGAAAUGUUUUUUCCGCAGAGCCGUUCAGGUCCGCUGUUAUUUCUUUCGCCACAAAGAAGCAGGUCACUCCUGACUUCCACAUGAUACUCCUGCGUGGCAUUGGAUGCAAUUGGCUAGUGUGUUUAGCUUGCUUUUUUGGUAUCCAAGGUCGUGAUCUGGCCUCCAAGGUUAUAGGAAUAUGGUUGCCCACUUUUGCAUUUGUUUCCCUGGGCUUCGACCACGUCGUUGCAAACAUGACAUUCAUUCCAUUGGGUAUCUGGCUUGGAGCACCACAGAUUACAAUUGGCCUAUACAUCUGGAAAGGUAUCAUCCCGACUUUAUUAGGCAAUAUCAUCGGCGGAGGAACUUACUAUUGGUACAUGUACCUUCUGGAUCUAAAUACCCUGCCUUUGUACGGCGAGGAGAAAAUUCGCGAUAGCUCAUUGAAGUCAGUGUCGUGCUCAGAUCGAGCUAGCACCAAGCGACCGGACAUUGAGGCAUCGGCUGGAGAUUUUGGUGACCAGAACCCACAUAUGAAUGUGCAGAGGUAA